GAAGAAACCAAAUUAAAUCACAAUGAAAUCUUACGCUUGCGUCGCUCUGUUCGCUUUUUUGGCCGUGGCCAAUGCUGGAGUCCUUGUAGCCCCAUCAGCCAAAAUCAUCCAAGGACCAAGCAGCAGAACCACAGUGGUCGGACCUGACGGUAGCGCCAUCUCUUCUGUAGCACCAGCCGGCCAAAUCGUCCAAGAAGAAAGCGUAGGAGUUGUAGCCGAAACCGCACCCGUAGUAGCCGCCCCCGCUGUUGCAUACUCUGCUCCCGCUGUAGCCGCUUACCAUGCCCCAGCCGUUGUAGCUGCCAGAACUGUCGUUGCUCCAGCUGCUCCAGUAGUAUCAGCUUAUUCCGCACCUAUUGUAUCCGCCUAUUCAGCUCCAUUCGUCUCAGCUUAUUCCGCACCUGUUGUGUCGGCUUAUUCUGCUCCUCAUGUUUCUGGAGUUGUAGCUACAUCGUCUGUCGAUACUGUAGUAGCUGGACCAUCUGGAACCAUCGCUACAGGAAAGACUGUAGCUGCUCCCGUUGUAUCUGCUCCAGUUGUAGCUUGGUGAAGAUGAAGAU